GAGCACGUGUCCCCUCUCUUUCUCCACUUCCACAUGUCCCGCAUUGCUAAAGGUGUGUUCUGCUCCACCCAUACCUGCAUGCGCUCCAAGUAUGGGUGGACCACGGCUUACACCAUCGACAAAAGUAAGAUAGUUCCUGCUUGUCUCUUCCGCAAUGCCGUGCGGUUGCAGCAUCCGACAAAAGCAGUUCAAAUACUCUUCUCCAUGCUUUGAAGCAUUUCGAAGUUCAUCUCGAUGCAUCGCAGGCCGACCUGCCCAGCAUCUGUCCAGAAAUCCGUGACAUGCUCAUGGACGCAGUGGAUAGUGCAGCGAGUGCUUUCCGCUUCAAGGAUUCGCGAGCCUCCGUAGCCUUCCAGUGCCCCUGCAGCCCAGACGACGUGCACGCAGCCACUCCAAAUGAAGCCCACUCCAACCUCAUCUGCUCAAUCACUGAGGACAUCAGCGAAGGUCCCCUCUCUCCUGCUCAGAGGGUGUGGCUUGGACCACGAACUGCUCCAGUCGCCGAGUCAGCUGCAACUUCUCUCUCGACUAGUGAACCUGUGUCGUCUCUCACUGACCCUCCCUUCCCGUCCUCUCCGUCUUCCAGAAUGGAUGAAAGGCCGACACUUCCAGAGCUCCUCAGUUUCCCCACACACUCAGGGAGCCAUUGACAUCACCAGUAAAGUUGGAAUGAAGUACAUGAAGUUGGGGACUCUGUUACUGGAGGACAACGAUGGGUCCAUCAUGCCAACCAUCAAAUCCCAAUGUCUCCUGGAUGCCGAUAGCAUCACCAUGGAGAUAAUGAGGCGCUGGCUGAGGGGGAAAGGGAAGCAGCCGGUGACCUGGAGAACUCUGACGGACUCUCUCAAGUCCAUUGGUCUCUCUCCCCUGGCCUCCUCCAUUGAACACUCUCUCACCAGUAGUUCAUGA